AUGGCGAAGGACGACAAGAACGACGAUUCGCUGGACAUUGCGCCAACGCGGUCAAGAUGGGCCACUCGCAAGCUCACCGUAAAGAGCAGCGGCGUCAAACGAAUCAACAUCAUGGAUAGGAUACACAAGAGGACCGAUUCGACAGAAAAAAAACGCGAGUCUGGAGGGUCUAGUCAAUCGGAUAACAGUCCAGGUAUCAUUAGCACGACGAUUCACGAGGAGCCCAGCAAUGAGACGGACGCCAAUAGCACCACGACUUCAGAAGACGAAGGCGAGGGGAGGACCCUGUUUUUCAAUCUACCAUUGCCAGAAAGUUUUAAGGACGAGGAAGGCAACCCCUCCCAAAUAUAUACGAGAAACAAGAUCAGGACAGCCAAGUAUACGCCUUUGUCUUUCAUCCCCAAAAACAUCUGGUUCCAAUUCCAUCAAAUUGCCAACAUAUUUUUCUUAUUCAACGUUAUCCUAAUAUUUUUCCCUAUUUUCGGAGGAGUAAAUCCUGGCGUCAACGCGAUACCUCUGAUCUUCAUUAUUACUGUCACGGCUAUCAAAGACGGCAUUGAAGAUUACCGGCGAACGGUACUCGACAAUGAGCUCAACAACGCCGCUGUACAUCGACUCGUCGGCUGGGAGAAUGUCAAUGUCGCGGACGACAAUGUUUCUACAUGGCGGAGGAUCAAAAAGGCCACCUCGAGAUUCAUGGGUUUGUUAUGGGAUGCUAUUAAGAGUUUAUGGACGAAAGACUCAGAUUCGGAUGUGGGAAGUAAAACCGCGUCCAAUCCCCGAUUCUCGAUCGAGACAAAAGGAAAUCGAAAGUCAGUCGCCUCGGCUUUCGAAGAUAUACAGAUGACCCCAGUGUCCUCACCAUUGCCACCCCAAGGAACGUCCACCGUGAAUCCUAUGGAACACGACGCUCUUGCACGCGAGAAGGGCGAUCUGAUCAACCAUGACCUAGAGAUUAGCGGCCAAGCAAGAUUCCACAAGGAUAUGUGGAAGAAUCUUCAAGUUGGCGAUUUUGUCCGACUUUAUAAUGAUGAUGAACUGCCCGCAGAUGUCAUUGUUUUAGCCACAUCAGAUACCGACGGUGCUUGUUACGUCGAGACGAAGAAUCUGGAUGGCGAGACUAACCUUAAGGUCCGCCAGGCUCUCCGUUGUGGGCGAACCUUAAAACAUGCCAGAGAUUGCGAGCGAGCUCAAUUUUCAAUCGAAAGCGAAGCCCCACAGGCCAAUCUGUACAAGUACACCGCAGCCAUCAAGUGGCAGCAAAAUUUCCCGGGAAUUGGAUCGAGAGAAAUGCAAGAGCCAAUUACGAUUGACAACUUACUCCUCAGAGGUUGCAACUUGAGAAAUACUGAUUGGGUUCUCGGCCUUGUCGUUUUUACAGGUCAUGAUACCAAGAUUAUGAUGAAUGCUGGAGCAACUCCUAGCAAGAGAGCGCGCAUCGCUCGCGAACUGAACAGCGAAGUGCUGUACAAUUUUGGCAUUCUAUUUGGUAUCUGCUUGUUGAGUGCUAUUGUCAAUGGUGCAUCCUGGGCCAAAACCGAUGCAUCAUCAGCUUGGUUUGACUAUGGUGCAAUUGGUGGAACUCCUGCAAUGACCGGCUUCAUAACAUUUUUUGCCGCCCUCAUUGUCUUCCAGAACUUGAUUCCAAUCUCGUUGUACAUCUCCCUUGAAAUUGUCCGUACACUCCAAGCUAUUUUCAUAUAUAGCGACGUGGAAAUGUACUACGAACCGAUCGACUACCCCUGCGUCCCUAAAUCCUGGAAUAUCUCGGAUGAUUUGGGCCAAAUCGAGUAUAUAUUUUCCGACAAGACCGGCACGCUUACUCAAAAUGUUAUGGAGUUCAAGAAGGUUACUAUCAACGGACAGCCCUAUGGAGAGGCUUAUACAGAAGCGCAAGCCGGCAUGCGAAAGCGUUUAGGUGUUGACGUGGUGAAGGAAGCCGCUGAGGCUAGGCAGCAAAUCGCCCACUGCAAGGUUCAAGCUCUUGACGGCCUCCGCAAGAUUCACGAUAACCCUUACCUGCAUGAUGAAGACGUGACGUUCAUAGCGCCAGACUUUGUCGACGAUCUUCGAGGUGAACAUGGGGAUGAACAGCGAGACGCAAAUGCUCAUUUCAUGCUGGCUCUUGCACUCUGCCACACCGUCAUUGCCGAACACGUCCCUGGGGAAAAACCAAAGAUCGAAUUCAAGGCUCAGUCUCCAGAUGAAGCUGCACUAGUUGCAACGGCACGCGACAUGGGCUUUACGGUUCUCGGCUCCACAUCCGAGGGAAUUAGAUUAAACGUCAUGGGCGAAGAAAUUCAUUAUACCAUUCUCAACACCAUCGAAUUCAACUCAAGCCGAAAGCGAAUGAGCGCGAUUAUCAGAAUGCCUGAUGGGCGUAUCAUUCUGUUCUGUAAAGGCGCCGACAGCAUCAUUUACUCUCGGCUCACGCGCGGUGAGCAGGCAGAGCUGCGUAAGACCACAGCUGAGCACCUAGAGUUGUUCGCGCGUGAGGGUCUACGUACCCUCUGUAUAGCACAACGUAUACUUUCCGAGCAGGAAUAUCUUGAUUGGCGCAAAGAACACGAUAAAGCUGCUUCUUCGAUGCAAGACCGGGAAGAAAAGCUAGAGGAAGUUGCUGAUAAGAUCGAACAGAACCUCACUCUACUGGGCGGCACAGCUAUCGAAGAUCGCCUACAAGAUGGCGUACCUGAUACAAUCGAGGUACUUGGACAGGCUGGUAUUAAACUUUGGGUACUUACAGGUGAUAAGGUUGAGACCGCCAUCAACAUCGGGUUCUCUUGUAAUCUGCUCAACAAUGACAUGGAACUCAUUACUCUAAAGGUCGUUGAAGAUGAAUCUGGUCAAACAGAUACUGAAAAGUUCAUCCGUGAGCUUGACGCAGAGAUCACGGAAAGGCUCAGGCAUUUCAAUCUAACGGGAGAUGACGAAGAUCUCAAGCACGCGCGCAUGGACCACGGAGCCCCUUCACCUAGGCAUGCACUGGUUAUCGACGGGUUCACGCUUAAGUGGGUUCUCGAUGAGAGGUUGAAACAAAAAUUCUUGAUAUUGUGCAAACAGUGCGCUUCUGUUCUUUGCUGCCGCGUCAGUCCCGCUCAGAAAGCCGCGGUCGUAUCAAUGGUCAAGAAUAGCUUGGAUGUUAUGACGCUUUCAAUCGGCGAUGGUGCUAAUGAUGUUGCCAUGAUUCAAGAGGCAGACGUUGGUGUCGGAAUUGCUGGUGUCGAAGGUCGUCAAGCCGUCAUGUCUGCCGAUUAUGCUAUUGGCCAAUUCCGCUUCCUCCAGCGGCUAGUUUUAGUACAUGGUCGAUGGUCAUAUCGAAGAAUGGCCGAGGCAAUUGCCAAUUUCUUCUACAAAAACAUGAUCUGGACUUUCACCAUUUUCUGGUAUCAGAUUUGGUGCAACUACGACAUCACCUAUCUCUUCGAGUACACGUACAUCAUCUUGUUCAAUCUCAUUUUCACAUCCGUCCCACCCAUCGUUAUUGGCGUCCUUGACCAGGAUGUUUCCGAUUCUGUGUCACUUGCUGUUCCACAACUCUAUCGGCGCGGUAUCGAGCGCUUGGAGUGGACAAAGCAAAAAUUCUGGACAUACAUGGCAGACGGUCUUUAUCAAAGUGUCAUAACAUUCUUCAUACCCUACCUCGUAGUUGCUAACACCACAACGAUUGCUGAUAGUGGUAGAGAUGUGAUUGAGCGCCAGCGGCUUGGUGCCUAUAUUGCGCACCCUGCAGUUAUCACGAUCAAUCUUUACAUCCUCAUUAAUACAUAUACCUGGGACUGGCUAACAGUCUUGAUCAUUGCUAUCAGCGAUCUCCUCAUCUUCUUCUGGACGGGUGUUUAUACAUCGGCAGAUGCUGGCUUUGCAUCGACCUUCUAUGGCACAGCGGCUCAAAUCUACAGCGAGCUGUCAUUCUGGAUUGUCCUGUUCCUCACACCUCUCAUCUGCAUUGCGCCACGCUAUGCUAGUAAGGCUUUGCAAAAGGUUUUCUGGCCAUACGACGUAGAUAUUAUUCGAGAACAGGUGUCUGCGGGUAAGUUCGACAGAGUGGCGAAGAGAGAAGAUCAGCACAGCUCGCACGAUGCGAAGGAAAGUUUAUCUAGCUCCUCUGGCUCCUCCCGUCGCAAGCACCAACCACAACAAAGUAUUGAUGAAGACCUUCGCCCCAUCUAUCCGCCAUCCAUCGCGGCUACUUCUGUUGCUGGUCACGGCCCUCGAAGCCAAAGGGGUAGCGACGGAACGAAUUAUACCCGGCAUGAUCUAUCGAUGGAAACACCCGUUAACCAGCCGGCCGACCUGCCGGAUGUCCCUAUCCGUCCAUCCGUUGAUCGUGUGCGACCAUCAUAUGAUCGGAUGCGGGCGUCAAUGGAUCGGAUGGAUCGAAAUGUUCGUGCCAGUUUUGAAGCAUCGAACGACUUUACCAGUGCAGCCAUGUUAAGCCGUUUCGAAUCCACACGAUCAGUGCCACCAGAACCUGAAGGCAGUGGCAUAGUCAACAAGAUUCGAAGGCGCACGCGUGGGAAGUCUUUCAAAUCAGCCUUCGCAUUCCAUAAAGACCAGAACAAUCACAUCCAAGAACAUGAAUAAUACAUAUGCUCUUGAGCGACUAACUGAACUAUUUGGGGCCAAGGAUUGUCGUUGUCGCCUCGGCCCAUUCUUUUCAUCUCAAAUGAUAAACUAUGCUCCCAGCACUCCACGAUCUGCAACGAGCAAUCUAUGAUACCUAAAGGCAUGACUGGUUUGCCAGACACCAACUAUAGCGCAUACUACUUCAACGCGUCUUUAGCUGUUUUUCUGGAAUUGGCGUUGGCGUCUUUGUUUUGGUGCAUAUUAUUGGCGCAGCCACUGUACGAGGAGACGAUGAAAGUCACAAUAUUUCCAACCUCUAUCCUCACUUUUGCACCCUUUUUUGUUCUGUUUUGGAACUAGACUUUUCUACUGCACCCCAUCACGUAUAUUUACAUUAUGGCCACUUCUCGAUGCUGGGAUUGUUUCG